AUGCAACAAUCAAACCAAAGCCAAAUCUCCUUCCUUGGACUAGACCCCGAAUCUCCAACAACACUGACCAAUCUCACCAUCACCAACUCUAUCAAAAGCGACGUGUCUCUCGUCAAAGACCCUGAAUUCUGGCGCCGUUUCUCCGUGGCUAUCCAUCAAGACGAAGAGCAAGCUCGACAAUCAGAGCGUGAAAAGACCGAAAGUGAAUCGUGGCUCGCUCGUCAACGCAAGAAAACUCAUCGUUCGAAGGUCUGGGGGUUCGUGAUCGCUCUCAUAAUCGUGCUAAUUGCCUGUGGAGCCGGCAUUGCCAUUUGGCUUCUGAGCAAAAACAACUGGCUUAGAAAGGAUACACAUCAUGCAGGGCACACUCAACCUUGA